AAUAGAUAUUAUACAUACAUAUGUACAUUAUAAGUGCGAGUGCAGUAGUGCACUGCUGUCUUUAAAAAACAAAAAUAACAAAGAGACAUAUCCCUAAUUAGGCAGUUUUAGUAUUGAACGACGGUUAGUGUUAGUUAUUGAUCAUCAAGAUGGAACCAGGAGAAGAAUACGAGUACUUGCCUACCUCUAACCUGCACAUACACAUGGCAGCAGGGGCAAUGGCCGGUGUUAUGGAGCACUGUACAGUGUACCCAAUAGACUCGAUUAAGACAAAAAUGCAGUCACUAAAUCCAACGGCGAAGGGGCUUUAUAAUUCAUUUGGAGGAGCCAUACGAUCGAUACGGAAUUCAAAGGGACUUCUUUCCACGUUCAAAGGUGUAAACGCAGUCGCCUUAGGUGCUGGCCCGGCGCAUGCCAUAUACUUUGGUUCGUAUGAAAUGGUCAAAACAACUAUCAGCAAUUACACGGGCAAGCCAGACACGAAUCCGAUGGUCGGAGUUCCCGCAGGUUUGGCGGCAACAUUUUUGCAUGACUCCUUCAUGACACCCUUUGAGAUGAUCAAGCAGCGACUACAGAUGCACAGCAGUCCAUAUACUUCGGCGUCGCACGUCUUUCGAGAAGUUUGGAAGCAAGAGGGGCCCAGAGCUUUCUACCGCUCUUUGCCGACGCAACUGAGUAUGAAUGUCCCUUUCCAAGUCAUACACUUCUCGGCCUAUGAAAACAUACGCCACCUAAUAAACCCAGAUGAUACGUACAAUCCCUUAAGUCAUGUCGUCGCCGGAGGUUCAGCGGGCGCAAUGGCGGCAGCUGUGACAACUCCCUUAGAUGUACUGAAGACGACGUUGAAUACACAAGAAAGUAGAUUUGAACAUCAAGGUAGGGCAACGCAGGGCAUGUGGAAUGCUGCUCGCGACGUAUAUGCCCUCCAUGGGUACAAAGGGUUCCUAAGGGGUGUGCAAGCGCGCAUGCUUUUCCACAUACCCUCAACGGCAAUCUGUUGGUCCGUUUACGAGUUCUUCAAGCAUACCAUGAAGACUUUCAACCUAGAAGAUUUGGAGAUGCUUAUUACUCCUGACCAGAGUGAGUCAAUGCAGAGUGAGUCAAUGACGUCUGUGGGCAGCGUUGUUGCGAGCGAGAUGCACGCGAAAAGCGAAGCGCCUAGCGGUUGGGCGUGAUUGCAGUUUCUUGUGAUAGUUAAAUACGCAACCGCUGGUCUGUAGGAAACCUCGCACAAAGUGUAGAGCUUCGCCAUAGCUCUCUAGGCUUUUUCCAACUAUGUAUGAUGGUGCUAGGAGUACGAUCGCAUAAGUGCUUGAUAUUGGAUGCCAAUCAGUAGAGAAUCUAGAUGUACAAGGUUGGUUCACCUCCUCCUUCCACUCCCACCAACCCCCCCAGCCCCCCGGCGCGCCACCUCUACCCAAACAAUCACACAUACACACUUGCGAAUUGCCUCACUCAUUUCCCUAUUUGUGAAUACCCGCCCAAUAUAUGUCGGCACUUAAGGUUUUGUACGUGUUAGUUUGGCACACCCGAGUGAGUAUUUUCCACAAGGGCUGAAGAGGGGGGAUUGGCGGCUACGUGCCUAUAUUUUCGGAGGUGUCAGGGUCACGCGAGUGAUAUCGUCCACUG